UUCUGCACGGGCGUCAGACAAGCGCCGCGAGACUCCCAGCUGGACCUCGAGCAACUUCGAACGGACGAAUUUUGGAAAAUGGGAAACUGCCAACCAACGGUCGUUCCAUACGCGGACUUCGAUGUUGUGGCUGACAUUAAAGCUAUCCGCAAAGCCUGCAAAGGUUUAGGCACUGAUGAAGAAGCCAUCAUUAACAUCCUGGCUAAUCGCUCGUCUGCUCAGAGGAUGGAGAUCAAACAGGCGUACUUUGAAAAGUAUGAUGAUGAGCUGGUUGAUGUGCUGAAAAAAGAGUUGUCUGGGAAUUUUGAGAAGGCCAUCCUUGCCAUGCUGGACCCACCGCAUGUGUUCGCCGCUAAGAUGCUCCGACGGGCCAUGAAGGGAGCAGGCACGGAUGAGGACGUUUUGGUGGAGAUCCUCUGCACCGCCACCAACACGGAGAUUGCUGCUUACAAAGAAGCCUACUUCCAAGUGCAUGAAAGGGAUCUGGAGGCUGACGUUGCCGGGGAUACCAGUGGUGAUGUCAGGAGACUGCUAACCCUGCUCCUCGAGGGCGCUCGAGAUCAGAGCUACGAGGUAGACGAUACCCAGGCUGAGCAGGAUGCCACAUCUAUGUUUGAGGCUGGAGAGGGCUGCUUUGGCACAGAUGAGUCUACAUUCAGCUACAUUCUGGCCACCAGGAACUAUCUGCAGCUACAGGCUACAUUCAAAGUGUAUGAGGCGAUUUCUGGAACCGAGAUCUUGGAUGCCAUUGAGAGUGAAACCUCUGGAACUCUGAAAGCCUGCUACCUUGCUUUAGUGAGAUGUGCUAAGAAUCCCCAGCUCUACUUUGCCCGGCGACUCAAUGCUGCUAUGAAAGGCGCAGGCACUGACGAGGACACCCUCAUCCGCAUCAUCGUGGGCCGCUCGGAGAUUGACCUGGAAACCAUUAAGGACAUGUACCUGGAGAAAUAUGACGUUCCUCUGAAGGAAGCCAUCAAAUCAGACUGCAGUGGUGACUUCAAGCGCCUCCUGGUGGCCAUCUGCCACUAAGCCAGGCGAACGUAGAGCCAGAUCCAUACACAGUAGUAGAGAGGACACUAGGUUGCUUGCACUGGCUAAUGUGAGGAAUAAACUAACACUAAAUAUACAAUGGAUACAACUGUACACUCAAACACUUGACAUUUUGUACCGUAAUAGGCAGAGCUGGAGACCUAAGACUCAACACUUUCUGUCCUGAUGCAGUAUUUUAGAAGCUAAAUGUCCUUUUGUGGAACGGCAGAAUAGGUGAUAUGUUUCCUGACUUAUAACACUCUUUUAGCUGAGAUUUGUGCACCUGUGUCCUGUGAGCAGUUUGGUGUAUUGUUCGCUAUUCAGUGGUCAAGCUUGCCCAGUUAUAGGUGGAGUCUUAUGCUGUGCCUGGUGAGGUGAUAAACAGAAGGUUGUUUUGAAUGUUCCAUAUAUGCUCUGAGCUAGGAAAUUUGGAACAUGACCCCUUUCACAGCUGAAAAUAACUCUACUGAGGUAAAAACAACAAAAAAAUCAUACACACAGUUUAAGGUCAACUGUUAACCAGUGCAGUGUAAAAGGUAUAAAUGUAAACAUGGAAAUCUGGUUAUGUAACCAAAGCAAUGCUUAUGCAAUGUCACAGUGCCAGUAUUUUACCAUAUUGUGUGUCCAUCCUUCAUUUGUCCAUCCUACGUUUGGGAAAGGCUGGGAGGAGCCUCUCCUUAGUCAGCUAUAAUACAACUCUCACCAUGUCUCUGUGACUGUUAUACAUAUUUGCUAUGCAGUUUUAUUCAGCUGAACAUUGAAUUAUGAAGACUGAGUUUGUGAAUGAGACACUAAAACUGAACGAGGGCAUGUUGUCUUGUUUAUAGUCAGUCAGGUGCGUUAUAACAUACUUCAAGAUGGAGUGUUGUCACACGUCUCACGGUUUCAGCCAUUCUCUUGUGGUCAAUUUUUUUUGGCAUUGCAAUACUAACACAUGUUUAGAAUUUAUUCACCGUAUAUAAUAUUUUAUUCUGAAAUGUAUCGAGCGUUUAUGUGGCUGGAAGGAGCAAUUGAACAGGAAAUAGUCUGCUGAUGUCUUUUGAAACACGUCACGAUGGUUAUCGCUAUGGCAGCUGUUUUUAACAAGGAAGAUUUUAAUGAGUCGCGCUAACUUCCAUCUUCCUUUCUGUUGAGUAUGAUGACUGAGUAUGAUGACAUUAGUUAUUUCGUACAAAAAUUCCAUUACUACACUCUAUCGGAAGGAAUUAAAAGACCAGUAACCGCCUGUCAAACUAAAUACAUGGAUUGUGUUGAUAUCCAAAUAAAACUUAAACAUACGUCAUUACA